AUUAUCGGCCACUACUAUGAGUGGUUUAGAACGCUGCUAUUCGUCGUCUCUAAAAUAGUAAGAACGCGAUAAUCAUUAACGCAUUUUUUCGCCGAGGACAAUACGAGAACGAGUACGAGAGAUUUGAGGAUUGUGACUGUUCCCAAUCUUUCGCUCUCAACGAUGGAUGUGGCUGUGGUAAUGGAGGAAACAUCAUAUUUAACAACCUCGAUUUAUUCUGUGUUGCUUGGAUUCAUUGCUGUAUUAGCUGCAUUGUAUUAUUACAUCGAAAUACAUUCUGAAGGACAUCGCCUUAUUAAAAAGCUACCAGGGCCACCAUCCUUGCCUAUUAUAGGCCAUUCGUUACUAACUUUAGGAAUAUCCUCAAGACUUAUAUUUCUAAGGUGUAUGGAAUUGGUGAAUCAAUACGGACCGGUAAUAGGAAUGUACUUAGGACACAGGAAAUGUGUCGCUUUGGCAGAUCCACAAGACUUGGAAAUAAUCCUGAGUAGCUCUGUGCACAUUAACAAAGCCGAAUCAUAUCGAUUUUUCAAACCAUGGCUCGGAGAUGGUCUGCUAAUAAAUGAAGGCGAGAAAUGGCGCAGACAUAGGAAGAUAAUAGCGCCCACAUUUCACAUAAGCAUCCUAAAGUCAUUUGUUCCUCUGUUUUAUGAGAAUAGCAUAAGUCUCGUAAAACGGCUUACUAAAGAAGUAGGAAAAGAGUUUGAUUGCCAUGAUUAUCUAUCAGCUACGACGGUCGAUAUCUUGACGGAAACGGCGAUGGGAGUCCCAUUAGAACCAGGACAAAGCACUGGACACGAGUUUGCCAAGGCCGUGAUGGAGAUGAGCGACAUCACACAUCGUAGGCAUUUUGACAUAUUGUUAUUUUUUGACAAGACCUUCAGCUUCUUUAAACUAUCUAAACUACAAAAAAAACUACUCAAGACUAUCCAUACAGUAACGAAUCGUGUGAUUGAAAAGAAAUCGAAAGCCGUUGACGAGCAGCUCAGAAAUGCUCAGCAAAACGAGCAAAAAGAAACGCAAAGUGACAAGUUGACGAAAAGUACAGACGCAGUUAAAGAUACGAAGAAUACUGGGAACAAUGGCGAUAAUCACAUGAAAUUCCAUUACGUAAGAGAUGACCUCGAUGAUAUCGAUGAGAAUGAUACAGGUGAUAAGAAGCGACACGCUUUUCUGGAGACAAUGUUAAUAUUAAAAAAGAUGACUGGACAAAUGACCGACCAGGAGGUUUGGGACGAAGUAAACACUAUCAUGUUUGAGGGUCAUGAUACCACUGCAGCUGGUUCGAGUUUCACACUUUGUGUCUUAGGAAGUCGUCCGGAUAUUCAGGCUCGCGUGCAUGAGGAAGUAGACUCAAUUUUUGGCGACAGUGAUAGGCAAUGUACUUUCCAGGAUACUUUGGAAAUGAAGUAUCUUGAAAGAGUAAUUUUGGAAGCCUUAAGACACUUCCCGCCAGUACCUAUAAUUGCUAGACGUCUUACUGAAAACGUGAAAAUAGUAACAGGCAAUUACGUCAUUCCAAAGAAUGCCGAAAUACUACUUGCUCCAUACAUAACUCACCAUUUAGAGAAAUAUUAUAGGAACCCAUAUGUAUUUGAUCCAGACAACUUUUUACCAGAAAAAAUGCAAAACAGACAUUACUAUGCUUAUAUUCCGUUCAGUGCUGGACCGAGGUCAUGCGUGGGACGGAAAUUUGCCAUGCUGAAAUUGAAGGUUCUGUUGUCAACAAUAUUGAGAAACUAUCGUAUCAUAUCCGACAAAUCAGACAAUGAAUUCGAACUACGAGCUGAUAUUAUUCUAAAAAGAGAAGACGGGUUCAAUAUCAAAAUUGAACCACGCAAACCAAUGUCUUUUACACCAGGACAAUAAGAAACGUUCCUUUAUCUACGGAAAUAAAAAUCGCACAUAUGUAAAAGAAUAUAUCUUUGAGUAUAUUUCGUUUGAUGUUUUCCUAUACAAUGCACAAUACUUGCGGCAACAUUGCAGCAACGUUACUUUUGUGCUGUACGCGUUUCUUUAUAUUAUAUUAUUAUACUAUGAUAUCAGAUUCUUGUACAUGUUUGUUUAAAUGUCUGAAGAUAAUUCAUUAUCAUUUUUAUUUCUUGUAACGUUUACAAUUUUUCUACAUUAAAUUUAAGUUAUAAAAGAGGAUGGUAUGUAAGUGCAUAUAUCUUGUAUUGUACAUAUGUAUUGAGUUGACUGGAAAGUCCGUGCCCCUAUUUGUUUUUUGCAAAAUUUAAAUGCAAAACUUUGUGUUAAUUUGUAAUAUAAUUCUUAAUGAAUUUUGUUAAUAAAAUUGGCACGUACUUUCCAGUCUACUCAAUACUUAAAUUUACUUGUAGGCAAGAAAUAUACGGCCUUUUUUGUGUUAAAAACUGAUCUUGAAGAAACUGGAUGGUAAAUGGUAAGAUUAGUGGCGAUUUCCGCGCGCUCCGAUUUUAAUUGGUCAUAAUUUUGUAAUAAACAACGAGCGAGUUUCUUUUGUAAUAAACAACGAUUAAAACUUUUUGGUGAGACCGUUCCAAAUCUUAACAUUUGCCAACUGGACUAUUUAUCUUAUUUACAGUACUAAUAAAGAGGUAUUGAUAAUGAGGCA